AUGAGCAAAGAUAACGCGUCAAGUUCAACGAGGUCUGAAGCGACUAGCCACAACUUACAUGAAUUAGCCGCCGAAUGGCAGGGAAAUGAAUAUAGGGAUAAAGUACGUGUUGAAAUGCUAAAGCAGGAAGUUCUGCAGAAAGUAGAACAGAUCACUUGUUGUCUCAGUGCGGACGCAAAAUCUCCCAAUGCAGCCUGUGAUCCAAAACCAGUAGCAAGGUUGGAUUGGGACGAGCUAUAUGAGGUUUCUGCCAAUGUUAUGGAUGUAUACACUAAGGAGGUUGACGACUCCUUAGCCGCCUUGGACAAGUUCUACCGUAAGCAGUAUUUAUGGCAAGAGGCCGCAUUUACAAUUGAUUCUCAUAGGGGUGCGCUGAGAAUUGGAACCGCAGAAGAUUGGAUGAGAAAUAAAGAAGCUCAUUUGGAAUAUAUGCGCCAGGAGCUAUCCUCAUCAGCUCAAGUAAUUAAGAAAACGAUUGAAGAGUUAUCUCAGAAGUGA